UACCAAUCAGUUGUCAGUUCGCAUCCAACUAGAAAGCAGUUAACGAGCAGAGUCCGUUGCGUUUGCGGUUAAAAGCCACGAGGUCGAUCAGCGUUAAGCGCGCUACUUAACCCCAACGUCACCAAAUUCUUUCGAGCCCAAAACCGAUACGGUUGAUCACGUGUUUCCCCUCUUCCCUCGCCCUGACCCACCCCCCGCAACAAUUGUAUUCAUUGCUAUGCAAACGAUGAGUGAACUCAAAAGUAAAGACUCAAGCAACAGCAAAAGCCGCCCACAAAAUAACAACAACAACAAGUGUAUAAAUACUUAUGCAAGUGUGAGCAACUAAAUACAUACAUACGUCCAUACAUUCAUACAUAUAUGCUUAUCGAUAUACAUACUCGUGCGUGCGUGUAUGUGUGGGUGAGAGAGAGCAAGAAAUUAUGCCAGUUAGCCUUAACACAAGAAAAAAAACGAAGCUAAAUAAUAAUAAUAAUUAAUACACAAAACCGGCACAAGUUUUGCUCAGAAUAACAACAACAAAUGCAACGUGUAUUUAAUUAGUAAAUAAAUGCACUAUAAAGCGACUGACGUAAAAGUGUUGACAAAGAAUAAUAAUAACAAAAACAGUGCAUAAUAUCAGCUAAUAACAACAGCAGAACAACAAAACAACAAACUCAAAAGGAACGAUAACAACAAGCAGCAAAGCUUUGACACAACUUCCUAUUGGCUCGAUAUAGCUUUGAGUUGGGCGAGCUGUGAGAGAAAAGCCAGAAAGCUGCAACUCCCGGACGAACUGUUUGCCAUUAUGGAAGGCUUUGCACAGGAAUGGCCAAAUGUGCCUCGCUCCGAUAACGGCUUGCAUAUGGAUCAACUGGUUGGGGACUUGCCCACAGACGGGGGCUUCGAGCCCCAAACACGCGCCCGCUCCAACACUUGGCCUUGUCCACGGCCCGAGCCAGUCGACGAGCUGGACAGCACCAAAGCUAGCAAUCAGCAGCUGGCAAACGGUGAUCCACAGCUGGCCAUGCAGAACGCUAAUGCGGCCAAAAAGAACUCAUCCCGUCGCAAUGCCUGGGGCAAUCUGUCCUAUGCCGAUCUCAUAACGCAUGCCAUAGGCUCUGCCACCGACAAGCGCCUGACUCUGAGUCAAAUCUACGAGUGGAUGGUGCAGAAUGUUUCAUACUUUAAGGACAAAGGCGACUCGAAUAGCAGCGCCGGCUGGAAGAAUUCCAUCAGGCACAAUUUGUCGCUGCACAAUCGCUUCAUGCGCGUGCAGAACGAGGGAACUGGCAAAUCAUCCUGGUGGAUGCUCAAUCCGGAGGCAAAGCCGGGCAAAUCGGUGAGACGCCGCGCCGCCUCCAUGGAGACGUCGCGCUACGAGAAGCGCCGCGGCCGGGCCAAAAAGCGCGUCGAGGCCCUGCGACAGGGCGGCGUUGUCGGUCUCAACGAUGCCACGCCCUCGCCCAGCAGCAGCGUCAGCGAGGGACUCGAUCACUUUCCAGAGAGUCCACUGCACAGCGGCAGCUACCAAUUGUCGCCAGACUUUCGUCAACGCGCCUCAUCGAAUGCCAGUUCCUGUGGCCGUUUGAGCCCCAUUCGCGCAUUGGAGCUGGAGCCAGAUUGGGGCUUCCAGGUUGACUAUCAAAAUACGACAUUGACGCAAGCGCAGGCCCAGGUGCUUGAUCAAUUGGCUGGCUCCAUGGCGGAUGAGCUGAAACUACAUCCCGAUUUGUUGCAACAGCAAGGGUUCAGUGCCGCCUCGGGUCUGCCCACACAGCCGCCACCGCCAUACCAGCCGCCACAGCAUCCGCAGCAUACACAGGGCUAUGCGCUCAAUGGACCCGUCUCGGCGAGCAACUAUGGCUCGCUGCAAGCCCAGCAACAGCAGCAGCAGCAGCAGCAGCAACAGCAGCAACAACAGCAGCAGCAGCAGCAGCAACAGCCACAGUGCCUGCUGCAUCGUUCGCUCAAUUGCAGCUGCCUGCACAGUGCACCUGUGCGAGAUGGCCUCUCACCCAACUCAGUUACCACCACAAUGUCGCCUGCGUAUCCCAAUAGCGAGCCCUCCUCGGACUCUCUGAACACAUAUAGCAAUGUGCUGCUCGAAGCCGCUGCAGAGAAUGCUGCAUUGCUCGUGCAGCAACAGCAACAGCAGCAGCAGCAGCAGCAGCAGCUUGCUGCUGGCCUGGAGGAUAAUAACUGCGCCUCUACUUUGAUAGGGCAAUGCCUGGAGGCGCUGAACAGUGAACCAAUUGACGAAUUUAAUCUGGAAAACUUUCAGGGUGGCCUCGAGUGCAAUGUUGAAGAGCUGCUGCAGCAGGAGAUGUGCUAUGAUGGACUGCUGGAUAUAAAUAUACCGUUAGCUGCGGUCAAUACGAAUGCUACGAAUGUGAUCUUAACCAAUAAUAGUACAAAUAGCAGUGGCAGCAACAGCAACAACAGCGUCGCUGGCAAUAGCAGUGCAAACGUUCAACUAAAUCAAUUGCAGGCGCAGCUGCAACUACAACAGCAGCAACAACAGCAGCAGCAGCAACAGCAGCAGCAGCAACAGUUGCUGCUCAGCAACAACAAUAACAACAACAACAACAGUCUGGACACAGCGAGCGCAAAUCUUAAUGCACGUGUACAGUAUACACAGCCUAGCGUGGUCACCUCGCCACCAUCGUGGGUGCAUUAGACGAAGAUUUUCCGAUCGAAAUCGUUUGCCUAAGCUAAGGACAAUAUAUUGUAUACACUUUAAUCUACUAGAAGGAUGGCAAGGAGCAUGCAGCAGGAGAAGGAGGAUGAGGAGAAGGAGAAGCAGGAGGAGUAGCUGCAGCUAGCUGCCUUUACAGUUUACAAAGAUUUAUCUGGUCGCUUCUAAUUUAAAAUAUAUGCA